UGGACUUGCUGCGCCCGCCGCCGCUCCCGCCGUUUCUGUAGCGCUGGGCCGCGACCAUCGGACCGGACCCGAGUAGAGAGACCAGACCGUCGAAAUGCGCUACGUGGCAGCCUACCUCCUGGCCGUCCUCGGCGGCAACGAUUCCCCCAACUCCAAGGACCUGAAGAAGAUCUUGGACAGCGUGGGCAUCGAGACGGACGAGGAGCGGCUGAAGAAGGUCAUCAGUGAGCUGAGUGGCAAGAACAUAGAAGAUGUGAUCGCCCAGGGGAGCAGUAAGCUGGCCUCCAUGCCCGCCGGGGGUGCUGUCGCUGUUGCUGCCAGUGCUGGCUCUGCUGCCCCGGCUGCUGGUAGUGCUGCCCCUGCUGCUGCAGAGGAGAAGAAGGAAGAGAAGAAAGAGGAGUCUGAGGAGUCCGACGACGACAUGGGCUUUGGUCUUUUUGACUGAGCACUCCCUGAUCCUAGAGCGAAUAAACCUUUUAUUUAAGAAGGC